ACCUUUUUCACCUUUUUCCCCCUCUUUUCUAAACCUAUUCCACGUUCACCCCUUCCUCCAUUAGCAGCCACGGUACCCCGGCCCCGCCGCUACUGCUGCCAGACGCAGUCUCAGCGCCCGCCGCUGCACGCUGGACUCUCAGCCUCUCGACGAACUCGCCUCCACUACCUCCAAUUCACACUUAGAGCUACUUAUCUGUGCUAUCUGCGCCGUUGGUUAGAUCGCGCUACGGCACUUUUUUCAGUGCUGAUUUGAAAACCCCAAAAUUCAAGGUUGGAAAAACUACCAAUUUACUUUGAGAUCAAAGUCAGUGCGACAGAGAUGGGGCUUGGAAUCCUAAGAUCCAUUGUUCGACCCCUAACGAGGAUCUCGCGAUCACGCCCCUCCACUUCCCUAACACCAUUUCCAUCAGCUUUCACUUCCAUUAAACCAGGGUUUCAUCUCCCUUCUGCUAGUUCAGUCAGAAUUGAAGCUCCUUGGUUCUCGAUUGCGAACCAUUUCCACAGUUUGACCGAGACUCGGUUUCCGAAGAGAAGGCCCAGUGAUAAACCCCGUCGCAAAAGGGCGAGCUUGAGACCCCCUGGGCCAUACGCUUGGGUCCCAUAUACCCCUGGCGAACCAAUUCUUCCUAAUCACCCGAACGAAGGAAGCGUGAAAAGAAGAAAUGAGAAGAAACGCAUUAGGUUGCACCGUGCUUUUAUUAUGGCUGAAAAAAAGAAACGGAAAGCUCAGGUUCAAGAGGCAAAGAAGAAGAAACUUAUCAUGAGGGUGGAACGCAAAAUGGCUGCAGUAGCAAGAGAAAGAGCAUGGGCUGAAAGAUUAGCCGAACUUCAAAAGCUUGAAGAACUGAAGAAAAAAUCCAUGGAAUAGAUUGUGUAGUCAUGUCUUACUUUUUCCAUGUAGACUAUGAAGAUUCUUAUUUCCCAAUAGCUUCUUUCUCUUUUCCUAAAAUAAACACAAAUCAAAAUUAUAUUGAUCUUUAAGAGUUCAGCCAUUUUGCAAGUGCAAUAGAUAUUUGCUUCAGGAUUCAUCCAAUGGCAAUGGAACUGGGUUCAUACGGCUGCUAGGCAAAGGAUGAUCAGUUGAGUGCAGGUUAAGAUGUAUGAAUUAAACUGCGGUAUGUGGAUUCGAACAAUGCAAUGUAGCUUGAUGCUCAUGUCGAACUAAACUAGUAACCUUUUUGGUA